UUGGAGUAUUCUCUCAUUCUCAAAUACAGUCACCUCUUCUUCAAGGUGAUUCCUAGUGGUCAGUCUUUCGUCAAGAGCUCAGAUGGCACUGGCCUGAAUGCGAACGGAGGUUUCGCUUAUGUGGGAAUGUUUUGGUUCCGCUUCUGGCGUUUCGGAUAUUGGGUGGACGUCGUUGUGGAUGAUCGCCUGCCUACUGAAGGUGGACGCCUCAGUUUCGUCUACUCCAGCGACAGAAAUGAAUUCUGGUCUGCGCUGUUGGAAAAGGCCUAUGCCAAGUAA